UUCGCCAAGACGAAUGCGUUGUUUGCCUCGCCGGCAGCGGCACACGUAAACAACCGAUUCCUCGAUUCUCGAGCCGGCGCGCCGCGCAAACAACGCUAGGACCUAACCUAAAAAUGCUAACACACGCACUGGCCGGUGUUCGUCUGCGUUCUAAUGGCGACGACGGUGCUUUCCUGUCGGCUGAGCGAGUUCCAAUGCGGCAACGGCCGCUGCGUCGCCCUCAACAAGGUGUGCAACGUCGUCGACGACUGUGGCGACGGCAGCGACGAGCCACGACAAUGUUCUCGCUUCUCGUACAUAAAGUGUUAACAAGGGGACUAGAUCCAGCCGAGUUAAACGCGAUCGCAAGGCCAGACUCCUGGAAAUCGAGUUACGCCAGGGAUCUCGAGCCACCCCUCGCGACUCCACAAGUUUCAUCGACGAAACUUUGCGUAACUGUUGCGUGCCUCGUUGCACGACACGAUCGCGUCGCAGCGAAGAAACGACGAAAAAGAGGCAGAGAGAAAGAAAUCACCGCUCGCUGGAGCGGAGAAACGAACUCGAAAUUAAGAUCAUCGGAGAAAAAUCGUCCUUCGGCGAGAUCCGAUUAA